GUUGAACACACCUGAGCUGAGACACACCAGAGGAUUCCACGCUGAGAGUUUACCUGGAGAUCUUAAACUGAAGUUCUGACUCGUUGAUCUGCUUUACGUCGGUAAAGUGCUCACAGGUUGAUGUAAAUAUCCCCCGUCACAAGCGUUUAGUAUCUCCUGAUGUCAACUCAAAUCUUUAUAAAAACCAGGGACUGUAAAUGAAGCAGCGGAGACAGAACAUUCCUCCAAACUUUAAGAUAAAUCCACCUCACAAAACAACGUAGAUGAUGGUGUGUGUGUUGUUUCCUCUCCUGUUGUCCGUCCUCCUGACUGAGACGUCUGCCUCUCUGUCGUCUUCAGGGGCCGAGGCGGUCACUUCAUGCCCAGCACGGUGGCUCCUGUUCGGGCAGAGAUGCUUCGUUUUCUACCCCGUGUGGAGCUCCUGCAGCAACGCUGAGGUGGUGUGCACGCAGGCAGGUGGUGACCUGGCGUCUUUUCACACACCUGAGGAGAGACAGUUCGCCCUCCAGCUGAGCACACACACGUCGGUGUGGCUGGGCGGAUACCAGCAGCGCAAGAACAGCUCUUGGUUCUGGAAGGAAGGUCCCCCCUUGAGAAUCAGUGAUUGGACCAAUCAGAGUCAGGAAAAAACAAGAGAGGGCGGGGCUUGUUUGCAAAUGGAUCCAGAAAAUGGAGAGCUAAACAGCGCCCCCUGUGGAGAGCUCAGGUUCUUCAUCUGCUCUGUCGAAGGCAGCUCUGAAGUCCUUCCCAUCAACAGGAAACCAGUUGAGUCAGACUUGGUCCCCGGUGUGAGAGUGUUUGAUGUUGUUUGGAGUUACAGCGACAUGUUGGCGGAGGACAUUCUCCGCUCGUCCUCUUUCGUCAGACAGUUCCGGACGGGUCAGCUGACGCAGGGCUGCUACACCAGCUUCCUCCAGCAGGAGGUGCUCUAUCUGCACAGAGUCAGCAGCACACUGGAGGCUCUGGUCAGCAGCGUACAGGAACCAGACGACGUGAGAUCACUGCUUCAGGACACACUGAAACACUACAGCAGCACAAACCAGACCACCCUCACUUCCCCUCCCCCACCCUGGCUCAUCUGGGCCCUGCAGUCUUUCCACUCAGUGGUUUUGGAGGAUCCCAUCUACCUGCUGGUGGCUCUGUCGGCCCGAUCCAGCCUCAGAAGCCUCCUGAUCCAGGAUCAGGAGCUUCAGUCUGGACUCGAGCAGGUGUCUGGGUCUAUAGUUACAGCUGAGAGUCUCUACCAGGAGUGGAGACAGGACAGUCUGAAAGAGGUCACCUGGAUGCAAAGGUACAUGAAGUUGAUAGAAGAACACCGGGCCAGUCUGGAGGUUUUUAAAGUCAUGAACAUCUUCAGAGAGCACAUGAUGAACCAGAAAAGUUUCUACAAGUCACUAGACUGUGAUGCAGAGGUCCUUAGAUGAGGAAGAAGAAGAGAGUAACGGGUGCCGCAGCACAAAAAAAAACAGACGACUGAACCGGGCUCCCUCUACACAACUGGACAUUUCCCCUCCAAGCUUUUAGGUGCAUGAGAAGUCACCGAUGGAUUUUCAAGAAGAGGGUUUUUACAUUGAAAAACAAAGAAUAAUUUAACAAAAAGGUGUGAAUGCUGGUUCAGUUCAGGUCGUUAUGUUACGUAUGGCACCAAAAUAACCAAUCCGUACCGUCCUACCGUGUACCGAUCCGACCCUAAAGGUUGGAGCUAGACGUACUGCAGUCAGUUGAUUGGUCGAAAGAAUUGCCACUUCCUGUGCGACAGAUGUAAUGUAGGAAAAACGCAAAACACCACACGUUUAAAUAUGAGCUGGCCUACCAAGUGAGGGUAUGGUUGUCUGGGAAAACGUACCAAACUGUUACCAAACCAAACUAAAUGGAACCAAUCCGGACCACUUGGUGGAUACUGGGCUAUAGUGAAUAUGGACACGGAUCAAACCAUUUAAAAAAACAAAAUAAUAAUAAAGUGUUAAUAAUUGGUUGAAUAUUGAAGUUCAAGUUGAAGUUAUCUUUAGUAGUCAAAUGCACAACAUAACAGGCAAAGCAGUCAUAGCUGGCAAUGAAAUGUUUGUGUUCCAAGCUCUCCUUAACAAUGCAAAAAUAAAAAAUAGUAUAGAAGAUAAGAGUAAAGAGUAACAACGUACAGUGCAACUGAACUGCCCUCAUUUUGUGGGCGGAGCCAGUCACUGUUGACUUCUGUUUUAAUGAAAUAUGAAUAAAACUUUUUUUACCAGC